AUGUCAAGGUUAAGAUUUGGGCGGCCUACUAAUGGAUAUGUUAGAGUACCAAAUGACGACAGCGGAUUUUGCGACUCUCAGUUUGAGGUACCACCUCAGAAGAUACCAUGGAAAGCUAUUGCUUUAGCUGCAUUUUUGUUCAUAGUUGGUACAGUGUUACUAACAGUGGGGCUUUUAAUAGUUACUGGUCAUAUUGAUACAAAAUAUUCAGACCGCUUUUGGCCAAUCAUACUAUUAGGCUGUAUUAUGUUCCUCCCAGGCGCAUAUCAUGUAAGGAUAGCAUACUAUGCAUAUAAAGAAUAUCCAGGAUACAGUUUUGCUGAUAUACCGGAGUAUGAAUAG